GAGAAGGAGAAGCACGCCGACAUCCAAAGUGCCUUUUCAGCCCAGGAGGAACCAUGCCGUCCCAUUAAGAGUCACCUUUCCCCGCAGAACAGCGCUCCGCUUCGGGCUUAAGUCGGGCUUCCGCAACCUCAGCAGAACAUUCUUGGCAGCCAAUCGGACUUCUAGUCACGGCCAUGGGAAGCAAAACUUUGCCAGCUCCGGUCCCGCUCCACCCAUCUCUCCAGCUGGCCGACUACUCCCUCCUUCAGAGCUCCACAGGCCUCCAGCUGCCAGCAGAUCACUUCCACGGCAUCUACAGCUUCAGCGCCCUGCAUGCCAUCCAGCUUCACCAAUGGACGCCAGGCUACCUUCCCGUGGCUUUGCCUCGCUGCACCAUCUCCAAGCUGCCUGCCCACUUCUCCUCCGUCGCGUCCAUCCCCAUUUUCCCCCGCCUGCUGCAGCCCAAGCAGGACUCUGCAGGGUUGAUGCAGAGCCUGAAGAAGAAGCCCCGCUUUGACUUUGCCAACCUGGCUACAGCCGCCACCCAAGAAGAUCAUAUGAAGGCAGAAGACCUGAGCAUGGCGGGUGUUGCCGCCGCCGCUGCUGCCGCAGCCGCCGCAGCCGCCGCUGCCGCCGCUGCAGCUUCAUCUCACCAUCCCAAUUCACCGGGCCCGGGGUGCGUUUUGGAUGUGACCAAGUUCUCCUCACCAGAGCGCAAGUCCAGUCGAGGCCGUUUACCCUCUAAGACCAAAAAAGAGUUUGUCUGCAAAUUCUGUGGCCGCCAUUUUACCAAAUCCUACAACCUGUUGAUCCACGAGAGGACGCACACGGACGAGAGGCCGUACACGUGUGACAUCUGCCACAAAGCCUUCCGAAGGCAGGACCACCUCCGAGACCACAGGUACAUCCAUUCCAAAGAAAAGCCCUUCAAGUGUCAGGAGUGUGGGAAGGGCUUCUGUCAGUCCAGGACUCUAGCUGUUCACAAAACGUUACACGUGCAAGUCAAGGAACUGAAGCCAGCCAAGAUGAAGUGAUUGGCUCUUCCUCCAGAGAAGCCAGAGGGACACUGGAUAUUUACAGUCGGACCAAAGACCAAAGAUAACGCUAACCAAAGAACCAAAGACUUUUCAUGCCGACCGUCGGUGGAGGAUCUUCCAACAUCUUCCACCUUUUGUUGGAAUGCUGCUCAAGGAUGAACAAUUUCACCAGCAAGUUGUUAAAUAGGAGAUGCGGAAAUAAUAAUUGCAUGAAGAGCGAGUGAGUGGGUGUGCUUGAGAAGCCAGUGGGUAUGUGGAAUGUGAAACGGACAUUAAGAGCAAUAGAAUCAAAGCAUCCAAAUGCCGGACUUGAUCACCGCACAGCAACCUUAUGCAAGCCACCGUAUCGCAGCCGUUUCCUCCAUUUCACUCGUUUGUCACAUUCCAAUGUUAGUUUUGUACAGAUGCAUUAUAACAGAAAUGUAUUUUUGCACUUUAAUCUGAUUAUUGAUUAUAACAUGUAUCACUGGAUU